UUAUCACUAAACAUAAAAAAUAUAAGAUUGUUAAUCUAGUAGUAAUUACAAUGUUUUAUUUAAUUUUAUAUCACAGUAAUAGUUUUUGGCACUGAAAUAUCUCAUAAAAACGGAUUACUGGUUGUCCCGUAAUCCAUCUCGUAACUGAAGUCACUCUAGAUUUAAAUUAUGUCUUUCUGCCACAGCAUUUAAGUACAUAAAUAACCGAUUUACAAAAUUCAUCUUUUCAAAAUAUAAACAUUAAACUUAAAAACAAGCAAAAAGUUGGGUUAACAUGAAUUAACUGACAGUCAGGACAUGACAGAACCCUAAAACAUGGUUUUUCAUACAUCAUACCACUUUAUACACUUAUGUUUUGACGACUGUAAUCUGAUGUACGUAAUUCUGAACUUUACACAUGUACGUAAUCACUUUACGUAAAGGAUACAGCAUAGCCCCCAAUGUAUAGGUAUCCGCUUGUUUGUUGCACUUGUGCUUUUCGUUGUAGAGUUGGUGUUAAAAUUGUUUUAUUUAGUUACUUGUACCCUUUGAAAAACUGUCUUUUUCAAGACAACAUUGCAAUAUUAUUUGUGAGAGUCGGACUUUUGUUUUUAUUACAAAUAUGGCUUUAAAAGAAAGUUCGUAUUUGGACCAACUAAGAAUAAGCUCUCCUGAAGCCGCAGAUAGAUAUUUGGACAAAAUCAAACAACUUAACUGUGAUCCAUAUGCUCUAAGUGAAGUCGAUUUUGAUUAUGGACUUACCUAUGUGCCACCAAUAGCUUCCAUGGACAUUCUGACCUAUAUUGUUUUUACUCACAGCUUUUAUACCCAUGAACAAAUGAGAGCUUAUAAAAGUUUAGCAGCUUACAAAUAUUUCAAGUCUGGCUUUGUAGAAAAAGUGGGUUUUAAAGUUAUUAAUGAUCUGGUGCUUUUAAUAGGCAAGGUGCAGCAUUCAAUGAGAGCUAGAGAAACCAAAUUAAGAGUUUGGAUUAUCGCUGAAACAGGUGGUAGUAUUUGUACUGCGCAUUGUACUUGCAUGGCAGGUCUUGGGGAAGUAUGUAGCCAUGUUACAGCAGUUUUGUACGCUGCAGAGCAUGCAGCAUAUUUGAAGCAGCAGAAAAAUGAAAAGAAUGUAGCGUGUACAGAUGUCAAAUCAACUUGGCCAGUUCCAACGCAAAGUGGUACACAUCCAAUAGAAGCUGCUUCACUAGACUGGGGGAAAGUGAUAGAAGAAAAAAAUUAUAAGGAAAUUCCUCCAAUGGAUGAUAGCGAAAUGUUGGACUUGCUGCAAGAAUUGCAAAAUUCCAAUUGUGAUGCUGUUUUGAUGAGGCAUGUAGAGCCAUUUGCGUCACAACUGUCAGAUGAAAAUAAUGAAAAAGUUAGUAUACCAGUCCUUUUUAAUGUGUACCAUAAAAAAUAUGAAAAAAUGCCUCUAGAUGAUCUCAUUCAACUAGGUAUGAAAUGUAAAAUGGAGGUAACCCAGAAUAUACGAAGAGAAAUAGAAGAUAAGACACAGGACCAAAGGAAAUGUGCAGAGUGGUAUAGACAAAGGACUGGUAGAGUAACAGCUUCAAUUUUUAAAGAUGUCUGUAGAACCAAUGUGGAGAAACCAUCCCUAUCUUUGAUCAAAUCAAUAUGUUACCCUCGCAAAAUUUCUACAAGGGCAAUAAGAUGGGGGAUAAAUCACGAACAGCUGGCAAUUGAUGCUUAUAAAAAAGAAACUAGCAGGAAUCAUAGAGACUUUAUAGUGAAUACAAUUGGCUUGGUAGUGUGCAUGAAAUGGCCUCAGUUAGGUGCCUCACCUGAUGGAUUUGUGUAUUGUGACUGUUGUGCUGCGGGUACCUUAGAAGUAAAGUGUCCAUUUUCUCUUCGAGAAAAUGGAAAUUUACAGGAGUAUGCAAGUCGAAAGGACUCCUGUCUUGAAUGUGAUAAAACUGGUACAGUAAAAAUGAAUAAAAAACAUAAGUACUAUUACCAGGUGCAAGCACAAAUAUUUAUUUGUAAACUUAAUUAUUGUGACUUUGUUGUCUGGUGUCCUAAUUUUAUAUUUAUCGAAAGAGUUUUACCAGACAUAAAAUUUUGGGAAGAAAUUAAAGAUAAAGUCCUAAAUUUUCAUGCAAAAGUAAUUAUGCCUGAACUUUUAGGACGUUAUUACACUUCCAGAGUACCAGGUGGCAAUAUAACAAAGUGGUGUUUUUGCAAUAAUGUCGAUGAUGGCCAACCUAUGGUUCAAUGCUCAUAUGAGAAUUGUAAUAUUUUCUGGUUCCAUAUUGGGUGUGUAAAUUUAUUAGAAAAACCCAAAACUAGGUGGACAUGUUCAAUAUGCAACCAGAAACUAUUUCAUGAUUAUGCCACAUAAAAUUUUAAUGGUUCAUGUUUCCAUUAUUUUCAUAAUCAUUAUUGAGUCCAUUCACUCUCUUCUUCCAUUUCGCACUUUCUGCACCAUGGUUCAUUCACCUUACUUGUCACCAUUUCAGUGACCGUUUUCAUCUCUCGUUUAUUGAGGUUCAUGAAACUGUUUGAGUUUUUUAUUAAUAUUCUUGAUUAUUUUUUUUUAUUUAGUCUAGACUUGAACUUGAGUGGUUCUCCUUUUCUAUUGAUGAUUCUUUAUCAGCCAUUUCUGAACCUCAUUUUUCGUAGCAUCAUUAGUGAUGCCACAGAAAGGUUCUGGACCUUCAAAAGUUUCCCUCGAGCCAUGUUUAUUCCAUAUAUACAUACAAAAGUACAGUGUACCAUAGUAUACAUAUACUUUUAAGAGGAAAUUUUGAAACUUUGUUUCCUUAAUAUUUUUACAAUUCAUUCUACGGUUGAUAUAGGUCAGUCUCCGAAACAUCAAAUAAAUACAUUCUUUUCAGUUUUCAUAUGAUUUAUUUUCAUUAAAAUUGUCACAAAUUUUUUAUUAAUAUCAAAAUACAAAAACAACCAAUGAGGUGUACAUAAAUAAUAUACGCUAGCCACAGUCAUUAUUGUAAGAAUGCUACUUAAAGUUAAAAUUAAAUCAUUUGAAUGCAAAUUAUUGUCUGGAAUUGUUGAAUUCUGGACAUUAUUUUCGUUCUAGUUGAACACAUUUUUUGCAAUUUUUUUAUGCAAUCAUUAUGUUACUACAUGAUCUCUUGCUCUUGUAUUGGCUUUUAAAUUGUUAACUGUACUUAGUUUUUUACAAACUUAAUGUCUGUAUUUUACAUUUCUCAAUGGUUCGUUUCACUAGCUGCUUUACUUACAACUUGCUAGUUGCAUUGCUUUUUUUCUAUGGAUGUUUGUUAUUUAUCAAACUCAUUUGUAGAUGAACUGGUAAUGUUCACUAAUUAGUGAACAAAAAUGUCUUCAAUAAAUAGAUGAAGUAGCCGAA